AAGAGCAUGCAUGAGACAGUCAUAUUCACCUGGAGUUUAGAGGUAUCAACAUCAGCAGCUACAGAUACAUGAACUGCAUUGGAUCUGGUUGAACUGAACCGGUUUUCAUGACAUGUUCAGCUGUAUUUAAAGAAGCUAAGACAGGAUGAAUGGACAAACUCAGAUUUGUGCCCUCUCGGAGAGUGUGAUUUUGGAGGACACCGAUAAAGGAGGGGUCGUAGUCACGGGAAUUAAAAAUCCAGCAAUUAAUCUAAAAGAAGGGGAUCAGCUUGUUUCUGCCACCAUUCAUCUCGACCACCUCAGUAAAGAUGAUGUGCUGAAACUGAUCAAAAUCAUUGAGCCCUAUGACAAGAACCUUGAGCUAAAGACUUCAAAAGAUCUGAAAGCUGGCCUGUCUCUUGGUGAUCUUCGCUUGAACAAUGAGCUUGCACAGGAAGGACUUCAAGCACCAGCUGUUCAGGUCAAUAGGCUAAAUGGACAGCUAAAUGCCCCAAGCCUCAAGGGUGGCAUCACAGCCCCCAGAGUAAAUGGAGAAAUUCCAAAUAUCGAUCUAAAGAAAUCCACACAUAACUUCAGCUCCCCAGAGUUCAGAAUGCCAACUUUUGGCACAUCUCUGCCAAAACUCGAAGGGGGCGAUAUAGGUGGAAGAGUAGAAGCACCUAAUGUCAGUGUCUCCACCCCUAGACUAAACACUCCAGAUGUUUCUGUUAAUGUGGACAAACCUGAAUUGAAGACCAAAACUCCCAAGUUUAAUAUGCCCAACUUCAGUCUCCAUGGUAAAAAAUCAAAGGUUGCAGGUGAUGUAAAUUUAACUGCCCCAGACAUAAAUGCUGACCUAAAAACCCCUGAUCUUGGUCUGUCCUCCCCAAAGAUUAACGGAGAGCUCAAAACCCCUGAUGUAGACUUGACCUUGUCAAAAACUAAGCUUAGUGGCCCAGAUCUGGACAUUGAAACACCAAAAGCAAAUAUCGAGGCUCCAUCUGGCAAGUUCAGACUGCCCAAAAUAAAAAAAAAAACUGCAAAAGUAAAACUACCAGAGGUUGAUGCAAAUCUAAAUGCGCCAAAUCUUGAGCUUUCUGCCCCAAGGGUGAAUGCAGAUGCCAGUGCACCGAAUGUUGACAUUGAUCUGCCAAGUGCCAAUCUUCAAGCUCCAGAUGUAGAAAUGAAAACUCCUGAUUUAGAUGCUCCCUCAGGCAAAAUAAAGUGGCCAACAUUUAAGAAACCCACAUUUGGGCACAGGGUUAAAACCCCAGAAGUUGGCUUAGAUGCCAAUGUCUCAACACCUGAUUUGAGUAUCACCUCCCCAGACGCAGAUGUGACUUUACCAAGGGCAGAAAUAAAGGCCCCUGAUGUUGAUAUAAAAGCACCUGAUGCGGACAUUCAGGCUCCAUCUGUAAAGGCUAGGUUUUUUACUCUUAAAAAACCAAAUUUCAAUUUACAUAAACCAAAGAUGAAAAGUCCAGACGUGGACGUAUCAGCUCCUGGUGUUGAUGUGAAUCUGCCGAAAGCUGAACUGGAAGGUCUAAAUCUAGAUGUUAAGGAACCAGACCUCAAUCUCUCUGUACCAAAAAUGAUGGGUGAUAUUAGUUCACCAGAUCUAGACAUUAAAAGUCCAACCAUUGAUGCGCAGACACCAGAUUUUGACAUAGAAGCUCCAUCUGCAAAUGUUAAAAAGCCUUACUUAAAAAUGCCUAAAAUAAAUCUAUCUGGGCCAAAAGUGAAAGGGACAGAUAUAGACCUCAAUGCACAGAUGAAGGCACCAAAUGUUGAGUACUCUGUCCCUGAAGUCAAUGUGAAACCACCUAAAGCCAAUCUCCAAGGGCCUGACCUAAACCUGAAAGCUCCAGAUCUCAGUCUCUCAGCACCCAAAAUUGACAGCAAAAUUAAUGCUCCAGAUAUGGAUCUGAGCUUUCCAGAUGCUAAUAUAAAAUCUCCAAAUGUAGAUCUCCAAGCAACAGCACCAGAGAUAGACUUAAAUGCACCCAAAGUAGACAUCGAUGCUCCCUCAAGCAGGGUCAAGUUACCUCACUUUAAAAUGCCCACAUUUGGUCUUUCUGGACCUCGGGUGAAAACACUGAAAAAAAUAGAUGCACCUGAUGUAGAUGUCAACGUGCCCAAAGCAGAACUCAAAAGCCCUGAUUUAGAUGUGAAAGCAUCUGAUCUUAGUCUGAGAAGUGACAUUUCUGCUCCAUCUUUAAACAUUGAUUUGCCAAAAGCUGACUUAAAGGCUCAGACUGCGAACAUCGGUGGAAGUAUAAAAACACCAAAUCUCAAUCUCUCCAACCCAAAUGUAGAACUAAACUUGCCAAAAGCAGAGCUUGAUGGUCCUGAUGCAGACCUAAAAGUCCCAGAUGUUGACAUUAAUGCUCCGUCUAGCAAUAUUAAGUUGCCAUAUUUUAACAUGCCAAAAUGGAAUCUAUCUGGGCCAAAAGUGAAAGGGCCUGAAUUAGAUGCUAACGCAGAUGUGGGUGUGUCAGUUCCCAAACUUCAAGGACAAUUAAACACCCCUACCACUAACCUAAAUCUACCCAAAGCGGAGGUCAGUGGGCCUGAUGUAAAAGCAAUUUUACCGAAAGCUGAAGUCAGCGUUCCCAAUGUAGAUAUUAAGUCCCCGGAUGUCGAAGCUCCAUCAGGAAAGCUGAAACUGAUCACAAUUAAGAAACCAAAAGCUGAACUUUUUGCUCCAAAAGUAAAGACUCCUGAGAUUGAUUUAAAUGCAGGAGCUCCCGAUCUCAGCCUCUCAGCUCCCACAGUUGCUGAAAAUGUCAACAUUCCAAAUGCUGAUGUAAAGCUCCCUAAAUCAGAUUGUGACAUUAAUGCUCCCAAAGCAAACCUGAAAUUUACAACACUUAAAAAGGCUGGCCCAAAUGUCAAAUCUCCUGAUGUUGACCUAUCUUCUGAUGUAAGUGGACCAGAUCUGAGCUUAUCUGCUCCUGGGGUUGGUACCCCUGAUGCAGAUAUUAGUCUACACACUGCUGGAGUUGACGUUGAUGUGCCAGGCAUCAACGCUGAAGCUGAGGGCACCAAACGCAAGAUCAAAUGGCCCUUCAAAUGGCGAAGAUCUGUUGAAUCAAAGGAUGGCGAUAUAAACAUUAAUACAGCAGAAGUAGAUGGUAGUGCUUUAGAAGUAAAACUCCCCACAAAUAUGCCAGUGUUCAAGAUGCACAGCUUGCCUAACAGCAACAUUGAUAGCAUCUUGCAAGAACGCACUGGGGCAGUUGACCUCAGCACUGACCCUAUAAAAGUCGCUGACACUAUUGUCUCUGCCCCAUCAGUCAAGGCAAAUUUGAAAAAUUAUUCUCCAUCUGCUGGGGUGAAUGGACAGACAUCCACUGUAGACAUCCUGGAAAAGUUGAGGUUGUCCAAUGCACGUACCACAAGCCCCGAUUUACGUAUGUCUUCAGAGCAAUGCAGCCCUACAAAAGUGAACAGAGGAACAUUUAAAAUAAAAAAUUCUGAUGCUGAUAUGGAUUAUCCAGUGGUGGAUUCUACUAGCAACGAGGAUGAUGAAAAUGCCAAGAUUUCCCUCAGCUUAAACAACAUGCUUGGUUUGCCAACAGAUUGAAGUCCUAAGAAGAGCCUAGCACCAAUUUUGUUAGAUCGCUAUUAACAAUUUCACCUCCAUCUUCAUAUAGUUAAUGCGCAUGUAAAUUAAUAUGUAAAAGUACAGCUUUGAAGAAUGAGUAGAGUUUUGUUAAAGAAGCAUUACAGAAUAUGACAGAGAUUAUUUUUGUAUGGAUUCUGUUAUGUAUAAAGUUCUCUUCUCAUGUGUAAUGAUUGAAUUGUCUCCUCAAAAAUGUACAAUAACAUGAAGGAAAUUCUGAAUUUAUUUCCACUGUUUACAUGUAUUAAUAUCUAAUAUAUAGUCUUUUGUUUACACUUUUCCAUUCCAUAUAUAUAUAUAUAUAUAUAUUGUGCUUGUUUUCUGUUUCAAUGUUCUCAAAAGCAUUUGUACUCUGUUACUUAUUUUCAGAGGCACUAAUAUCAUAUUGUAAUAAAGCUUAUGAUAUGAAUAAGGCAAUGGCUAAUUAAUUUCAAAGUUCACUAUGAAUUGUCACAUUUUUAGGUUGUACAGCCUAAUUAUGAACUGUACUCAAAAAGAUUAUCGUAAAAAACAAAUGUAAAGCAGUAAAAUAUCUACAG